GAUACGGAAAGGAAGAAAGAAAUAUCAACGUGGAGGGUAAUUGAGAUGACAAACUUGGUGGCAAACUACUACUAGACAUUAGUAUUAACCUCAAACAAGAACAGCGCAAAGAGGAAAAAAAAAAAAAAAAAAAGAACAAAAAACAAAUGCCCACUUCAAAGCCAAACCCUUUUCCCUUAUUCCACAAAAUUCAUACCCAUAUUUUCCCUUUCUUUUUCCUAUGAAGAUUUCGAUUUCGUUUACUUAGUUUUACUCAAACGGGCAUCUGAGAUUUCGAAUUGGGUCGCCAUGGACGGCGGAGGAGUACCAGAAGCUACAAGAAAAAGAUCAGGCCUCGACAAUCAGAGGCUCUACAAAGGGAUAAGGAUGAGGAAGUGGGGCAAGUGGGUGGCUGAGAUUCGAGAGCCCAAUAAACGCUCUAGGAUUUGGCUCGGCUCUUACUCUUCUCCUGUCGCCGCCGCCAGGGCCUACGAUACCGCCGUUUUUUACCUCAGAGGCCCUUCCGCCAGGCUUAAUUUUCCCGAGUUGUUAGCAGGGGAAGGCCGUGGAAUUACUGCCGGUGCCGGGGAUAUGUCGGCGGCUUCUAUACGGAAGAAAGCCACGGAGGUUGGGGCAAGAGUGGAUGCUCAGGAGAGUUCCUUGGGCCAACAGAGUCGGAGCCAUCAUUCCCACACAUCGGCAUCUCCGCCAGAGACGAAAGGGUGCAGCGGGUUCUUGGAUCGGGUGGAUUUGAACAAAUUACCCGACCCGGAAGAAGAAGAUGAAGAAGGGGAUGGUGAGUUCGAGUGGGAGAGAGUCGAGAGACACUGAAAUGAAAUUCAAACACAACAACUCAGGAAUUGGGGAUUUUUUUUCUCUUAUUCAAAGGCGCCAACACGCGCCGCCGAGGGACACUCAUUAGGGAGACCAAAUUGUAAUCAAACCAGGUAAUAGAGGAAGAGGAAGAGGAGAUUUGAUAUUGGUUAAUUAAUUUUGAGGGAUGCAAUGUUACUUUGUGUAGUAUUGUCUGGGUCUUCCACAUCAUCAAUGAUUCAAGUUGUAGGACUGAUCCAAAAAUUGCAAAAUUGGCCAAAUGUAGGAAUUUUACAACCGACACACAUCGAAUUUAGGUUUACAAUGAAUUAAUGGCUAUUUACUUUUGAUUGAAACGGGUGGAUUUAAUUUAAGCCUUUGAGAUUGGACGUCCAAAACCAAUCCACCUCUUAAUUAAUCUAUAUGAUGUACUACCUUCCAAACCCAAAUCCGAAGCCAGUUGUACUAUAUUAUGGUUACAAUGGUAGAUUUGUUGUAACAAAACAUUAAUUGUUAUAACUUUAGAUACUUAGAAUUAAAGAUUGUUACAAUUAGUUUUGCUUCUACGGCAA